AAAGAAGCAGGAAAGCAAAUGUUGUUAAUGAAAAAGAUGAAAAAGGUGUAAGCAUAAAGCAAGGGAACGGAUGAGGGAGGAAUAAGAGAGAGAAUAUGAGAAAUCAGCAGAAAAAGAAGUAGGAACGUAAGAUCGGCAACACAUCAUAGCAGCGGAAAAGAAGAAAUUUGCCUGGACGGUACUUACGGUACAGCCGGUUGUAAGAUAUACGGACUCCUCAAAUUGAACUCUAGAGUACAUCCAAGUAUAGCCACUAAUGGCCGCCGAUAAAGAUUAGAUAGAUAGCUUCUUGCUUUCUCUUUACCACAGAGAGGUUGUAGAUAUAGAACCCAAUGUCGGGAGCUUGUAUUGCUUCGUCUUCAACUUGCUGGGGCCUCACUGGAAAGUUCAGGAAUCUCAAUGUUAAUUCCACUCCUUCAAACGCUUCUUUCCCGAGCUUCUCAGCCAACACUUCUCUCAACCUCUUCUCAAAAGGUGCCGUUAAGUUGAUGCCCUUGCAAAGACCAAUUCGUCGGUCGAUUGUGUGCGAAGCUGAGUCGAAGCAGAAGGCGGAUUCGGCGUCUAAAAGGGCGCGGCAAGCUGAGAAAAGGCGCAUUUACAACAGAGCGCACAAAUCAGAGAUUAAAACUCGAAUGAAGAAGGUGUUAGAAGCAUUAGAUGUAUUAAGGAAGAAGGAAGAUGCGCAGCAAGACGAAGUUGUUAGUGUGGAGAAAUUGAUUGGAGAUGCAUAUUCUGUAAUUGACAAAGCUGUGAAGGUGGGAACCCUCCACAGGAACACAGGUGCAAGGAGGAAGUCUCGACUUGCGAGGCGAAAGAAAGCCGUCGAGAUUCAUCAUGGUUGGUAUGUCCCUGCCAUACCAGAUUCAGUUGUAGUCUCUUGACUGUAGGAAGAAAUAGACGAGCCUUGUUUUAUUUAUUCCCUCAACCACCUGAAUGGCUGAAUAUAGACAUUGUAUCUUUCCAUGAAAUCUUGUAGUCUAUAUAUCUGCUUUUGUUUUGCUUU